UUGCAGCAGCAGCAUUCCGGAAUCAAGCAGGAAUUCAACCAAGGCCAGAUGGUAUUCAAAAUCCUUCCAAUCAAAAUAAUAAUACCAAUAAUAAUGCACCACCUCAUUCAUCGACCUCCGAACAACAGAAUAAUAAUAAUAAUGAGGAUGGGGCAAAUCAUAUUGCUGUGCCACCGCAAGAUAACGGUCGAUCAGUUUCCUUGCAGGAUAUUGAACACGCUUUAUGGACCUUUGUUGCUUCUUUAAUACCCACAAACACUCCGGAUGUUGCACAACAGGAUGACGUCGUUGGAAUGUAG